AUGGCUACACGAGAGUUCGUAUUUGAGGGGUGUACUCUUCGAAAUGGGUUGAAAUUAAUCACAUCGAACUUUGAUGUAAAUGAAAUGGUUCAAGCCUACUUGGGUCUACCAAUUGUUGAGUUGUACAUCAACUCAUUUAGUGAGUCCAUUCUUGACAUUGAUGAGGGUAAUGAUGAAGAUAAUAAUGAUAAUGAUAAUGAUAAUGACAAUGAUGAUGAUGAGAGGGGGUAUUCUAGGAUCGAGCGUGACGAUCCAUAUUGGGAAGAGGGGGGCAUUAGAGAGGUUGGAGACAUCGAUGGGGAGGGUAGGGAGGAAAGUGAUGGUGGUGUGGAAGGUGAAGAGAGCGAUGAAAGUGAUGAGGGUGAAGAGGAAGGUGAUGAAGACGAAGGUAGGUUAAGAGUCAACCAUUCUAACAGUGGAUCUGAUUAUGAUGAAGAUGCAAACUCAGACAUGCCACACAGUGACAUUCUUACAUCUCCUCCCAGAAGUGACAUGUGA